AUGGUGAACACACAGGAACUCAUCGCUAUCAUCGGCGGCUCCGUCGCUGGUCUCAUUGUUCUCCUCGUCCUCAUUGCCAUCAUUAUCUACUGUACAUGCGGGCGCAUGCGUGAUAACAAAAACCGUGGGAGAAGUUUUCAGCAUUUGAAUUCAACUACAGAUGCAAGUCUUAGUAAAAAUAGCAACUUUGGUAAUGGCCUUGACCCACACCUUGAUCCCCGACUUGACCCUCGAAUUGACCCCAGAAUGGAAGCACGUGUUGACCCCCGGCUUCCCAAGGUCGGCAGCGCAGGACUGUGGAUGGGAGCUCCGUCCAUGUAUUCGACUGGUCCAUCCGAUGCAUAUUACGUUGAUAGACCCAAGAGGGUUCCUUCGCUACAGAGAGCCACAUCGGAGCAAAGGCUAGCUCAAUCGGCCAACGGCCACAUGGUGUACCAGGGAAACAUGCAGCAACUCUACCACAGCCAACAGGUGCCUGGUCACGUGUAUCACCCUUACAACUCUAAUUACAUCCACGGCGGUCUGUAUCCCUAUAACUACGGCGGUCCGCAAGAUCGCUCCAUUAUAGUUGAGUACCAAGAUGAAGAGCAGUAUUAUCAUAACUACAGACGAAAUGAUGACGACUCUGUCAGGAAGGGGGCGAAAGUCAAACGCACACAUAGUGACCUCACGGGCACCAAGAGAAAGAAGGACAGAAAACGAAGGGAAUCACCGGCGUUUGAGAGAACACGGAGAGAGGACAGACCACGAAAUGAAGAACGAGGAAGGACCGCAUCUAUAGAAGUUCACAGUCGUCAAAAGAGGGCUCCCCCACCUCCUCCUCAGGGUUCCGGUCGACAGUCUGCAACUGGCCUCAGAAACUCUGAGGAACAAAGCAAAUCUCUAGACUUUAACGAUCAAGCGCUGUCAACACAGUGCGCAACUGAUAGUGCCAAACUUCGUGCAAUGCAAGAGAAAUCCAGGGAUCAUGAACUUAGCAAUAAGUGGCAGAGUCAGGACGAGUUGAAACUGAACCUACCUGUCAGUGAUGACGACGAACGUGGUAGUGUUCACGUGCGAUCUUAUGAAUAUAAAGGUCAGUUACAAAGACCAGAAAAUAGACACAGUUCAUCUAGCACGAAAAAAGAGGGUGUUGCUAGGGCUUAUGUUAAUCCGUCCAAACAAUCACAUUCCAACCCUGCAUUCUCAAUGGAUGAAAUCGUGAGCUCCACAGCCAGAAAGGAUGUUCCAUCACCCGGCACAAAACAUCGUAAAUUGGAGAAAACUGAGAGUAACACAGACGGAAAACAAGUGUCUGCUGCGUUUGGCUUCCUAGACAACUAUCUAUCUGAUGAUGAGGGUGAAAGUCGGGCACAGUCACCACAACCUUUCGCCUGA